CGCCAGAAAGCCUCGAUUAAAAAUGCCAGUCCAAAAAUACGACACCAUCGGAGACUCCUACAAUGACGUCGCCCAAAUCACCACAGGCAAACUCCAACUAGCAGCCAUACAAUCCCUAAUUGGCGACGUCAAAGGACUCACCAUCCUCGAACUAGCCUGUGGGCCAGGAUUCUAUUGCCGAAAAGCCAUCUCAUGGGGUGCCCACCACGCCACGGGAAUAGACAUAUCCCCAAGGAUGAUCGAAGCAGCACGCAGCAGCGCAAAAGGGGACAAGCGAAUUGAAUUCCACAUUGCAGACUGCAGCCAGCCAUUGAACAUCAACGUGGGACAAUUCGACGUCGUCCUGGCACCAUGGUUACUAAACUACGCCCGAAACGAGCAAGAGCUUAUAGGCAUGUGGCGCAACAUCUAUAACAGCCUGAAGCCCGGUGGUAAAGUGAUCGGGAUUAGUCCGAACCUGGAGCUACUGGAUGAUGGUCCUGCGGCGUUUCCUCGGGAGCGGCGUUUCGGGCAGGAUUUGGAAGUGCUGGGUGCGAUUGAGGAUGGGGGGUUGGAGGUUCGGGCGACUUUGUAUACGUCCACGCCUUUUUCUUUUACUAAUUAUUAUCUGCCGAGGGUGCUGUAUGAGAGAUCUUGUUUGUUGGCUGGUUUGCGUGGUUUUCGGUGGACGUCUUUUGCUGAUGAGGCUCUUCUGGGUGAUGUGGAUUGGGAUGCGUUUUUGACGUGUCCUCCUUUCUUGACUUUUACGGCUGUAAGGCCUUUGGAUGUCUUGAAAUGAGGCUGUUAACUGGCUCUUCUUUUUGGAAGGAGGAAGUAUAUGGUAUCUGGAUAUCUGGUACAUGUACUAUAAUUGCCAUUAUUAUUAUAGAUGCACGUAACCCCGAGAUCCUACUCCUCAAAUAAGAUCUCACGGAUUUGAAAUUUUUGUGGAGUCCGCAACAGGAAGCAUUGCAGUCAUCGGUGGAUAUAUACGAACAUCAG